UUGCCAUCCCUAAUUUCACCGUAAGACAUUAUUUAUACAUGAGUUGAAUAGUCCAAUCCAUUCAUUAUUCGCAAAUGAAAUUUUUUAUUUUGAAUUGUAUUACCUAGAUACGAUCCUCCUCUAGGGAGUUUGACCUGAUAAAAAGUCAGACGAUUGAUUAUUGAACUCAACUAAGUAAUGGAGGAAAUAGGAGAAGAAACCCAACUCCUUCUAAUAGGCACCGCCAUACCCAGCACCACCACCAUCGACAGCCGCCGGAGAAUAUGCAGUGCUGGUUGCGAUCGUCCGGUGAAUGUUUGUUUGUGCGACAAAAUGCCAAGGCAGCCAAUUUCAACCACAACCCAACUUGUAAUUUUGCAACAUCCUCACGAGCUCCGGCAAAAGCUUGCUACUGUUCCACUUCUGAAAAAAUGUCUCAUGAAUUGCGAAAUUAUUGUCGGUCGGAAACUUCGAGAAGGAUCUAGUCCCCUUCUUGAUUCUCUUUACCAUGAAUUUAAUGAUUCAGUUCAACCCACCAAAUCUCGUCGUGCCUUCUUUCUUUUCCCAGGUACUGAAUUGGUGCCUUCAAUGGAUAUCAGUGAGUUGAAAUCAUCAUCGAACAGUGCGUGCGUAGGUGGACUAGUUUUGAUUGUAUUUGAUGGCACUUGGAAGCAUGCUAAGGAAAUGAUGUAUGCAAGUUUCCCAUUUUUGUCAAAAUUUGCAACUUGCAUAUGUUUUGCGUGUGAUCCUGAGGUUGGUGGUGGGACCAUCUAUGAUUCCGAUCUCACUCUGAAGAAGGAACCCUAUAAAGGAUGUAUGAGUACCAUUGAAGCUGUUGCUCGAGCUCUGAGAGUUCUGGAGCCUUUUGGGGUUGAAAUUGAAGCACAGCUGGUAGAGGUUUUGAAGUCAAUGGUACGUCUACAAUCAUGCUACUUAAAGCCUAUGGUGCCGCGGCCAAAGUUAUUAAAGAAGCGUAUGGAGCAGAAGAAAAAUAUUAGCAGGUCAAUGAAUAUUGAUUACUAGGCAAAAAUUAAGAUUCUGGUUGUACUUAGAAAGUACUUCUUUAGAAUACACUUGAUAAGCUCUUAUUUGUGCUGGAUACUUGCAGACAAUGACAUUUAAGUAAGAUAUCAAAUGAACAAAAUAUAUCAAUGGUACGAUGUAGGAAAUUACAAAUUAAUAUUGUUAGAUAGAAAGUUGAUUUUUGUAAUUGUAGUAUAUUAUGAUAGAAAGGUUAGAGACUCUACUAGAUAUUUGAUGAAGCACUUAAUUAGUUUCUUAUUUCUUUCAUUGUAUUACACAGGUAACCAACUAUUUAUAGCCUACUCUAUGUCGGUGUACAAGCAUUCCCCAAUGUCAAUGGGGGUAUUUAGCAAACAGCUGAUAGCUGAUUAGAGCAGUUGAUUUGACUAGCUGAUUAGUUAGGAGUUUUGUAAAAAUUUAGCUGAUAGCUAAAACCUGAUUUAUGUAAAUAAGGACAUGAUAAAUUUAUUGUUAAGGUUAUAAAUUACUAUUUGUUUAUAGUAUUUUUAAGUUAAUACUAAUUGACAAUAUAUUAAUAAGCUUAUAAAAGUAUAAUUAUAAAUUACAUUCUUAGUUAAAAUUAUGUUAUAGUCAAUAGACCUAACUCAAAGCACUCUUAGCUAAAAAUCAUGAUUAGUAUAUAUAACAAGAAGAAAAAAAGAAGAAGCUGGUAUGGUAUAAGCCAAGAGAUGAGAGAGAUGUUAGCUAUACUGGAUAUGGGUUAUGAGAAGUGUAAA